AUGUAACUUGACUAAAAAUUUGAGGUAACUAAAUAGAGAAUGACUUAUAAAUCAAUGCUCUCUUAAACUCAAGCUAUGCUGAAAAUAAUUUGGGAUAAUUUAUCAGUAUCAAUCAAUUAAAUUUAUGAUUGGAUUGAAAAGGACAAUGCUGAGAAGAAUGUAUAUAUGAUGGAGAUGGAUAAAAUUAACAUUCGGUUGGAUUAAGAAAUUAAAUCAUUUAUCUAAAAGAUGAAUGAAAUAAUCAAUAAAAUUUAAUCAUUAAUUAAGUAAAAAUUUUUAUCUUAUUUUAGGAUUUAAACUUAAUAAGAUGAAGGGGAUUCUAAAUUGAAGAAUGAGAAAAUUAAUUAAUUAAACAUUUUGGAAGGUCAUUGUGAUAUUGUGAAUUCAGUUUGUAUCUCACCUAAUGGUACUACCUUAGCAUCCGGUAGUUGGGAUAACUCUAUCCGUUUAUGGGAUGUUAAGACUGGAUAAUAAAAAGCCAAGUUGGAUGGUCAUAGUAAUUCAAUUAUAUCUGUAUGCUUCUCUCCUGAUGGUACUAAAAUAGCAUCUGGUAGUGAUGAUAAGUCUAUCCGUUUAUGGGAUGUUAAAACAGGAUAAUAAAAAGCCAAAUUGGAUGGUCAUAGUAGUUCUGUGAAUUCAGUCUGCUUCUCUCCUGAUGGUACUUCGUUAGCAUCUGGCAGUGGAGACAAGUCUAUCCGUUUAUGGGAUGUUAAAACAGGAUAAUAAAAAGCAAAAUUGGACGGUCACAAUGGAUAGGUUUAUUCAGUCUGCUUCUCUUCUGAUGGUAUUUCAUUAGCAUCUGGUAGUGGAGACAGGUCUAUCCGUUUAUGGGAUGUUAAGACCGGAUAAUAAAAAGCCAAAUUGGAUGGUCAUAGUAAUACUGUCUACUCAGUGUGCUUCUCUCCUGAUGGUACUGCAUUAGCAUCAGGAAGUUAUGAUCAGUCAAUUCGUUUGUGGGAUGUUAAGAUUGGAUAAUAAAAAGCAAAGUCAGAUGGUCAUAAUAAUUCAGUAAUAUCUGUAUGCUUCUCUCCUGAUGGGACUACAUUAGCAUCGGGUAGUGAUGAUAAGUCGAUCCGUUUAUGGGAUGUUAAGACAGGAUAGUAAAAAGCUAAAUUGGAUGGUCAUGAAUAUGGAGUCUUUGCAGUAUGCUUUUCUCCUGAUGGUACUACAUUAGCAUCUGGUAGUAGAGAUUGUUCAAUCCGCUUAUGGGGUACUAAGUUGCAUAAAUGAUUUUAUUAUUUCUUUUAAAAGGC